AUGUCAGACUUUGUGAUCGAGGAAGACAGUUACCAGGUCCCUGGUUAUUUUACACUGUACUACACUGCAUCUUUUGCUCAUAAUCCUUCUGUCUACGGAUCAAUUACAUCUGAGUUCAGAACGUCUACUUUAUCGAUCUCUUCCAUCAAAGGCAUGAACUGGCCUGGAUACGACGGAUGGGCGUCUAAAUAUUGUUCUUCUGAUCGAUUCUUCCCCAACGAAAGCGAUAGCCCCUUGAUGCGCAAGACCAUCGAAGGCUUGCUUGGCUCGAUUGAGCAGAUUACGAAGGCCACCGGCGUGUUUCGCUCUUUUAAGUACCUGAACUAUGCCGAUGCUAGGCAGAAUCCAGUCGAUGGAUACGGGAAGAAGGCUAAGGCUGCGUUGCAGGCCGCCAGCAAGAAGUAUGACCCGGAGGGCUUUAAACAGGUCACCAAGCCGUACCUUCUUCGAUAUGAUGGAGGCAAGGGCUUUAACAGCAGUGGCCUCCUGGCGGUUCGUGCAUCUCAGGAUACUGUCAACGAACGCAAGCGAAAGUGUAAGGAGUAA